UAAUAAAUAAAUUAUUAAUUAAUUAGUAUUGAUUUUCGUUUGUUUCUCGUGCCAGCCAGUGACAUGCACGUCUACGUCACAAAUGCAAGUUACACACGUGCCUCCUGGCACGGCAAGCACCGCACGUGACGAUUAUUAUUCUAACUGAGAGAUCAACAUGGCCAACGUACUUCUUAUUUUCUUCUUCCUUGCCACACUUCGUAGUCUCUCAUCUUCCACCACGACCUGUUCAGAUCUUGGUCUCAUGUCGGGAGGUCAUCCCACUGUCGUUACCGCCAAGUCUCAUUCUGGUGAUUCGCCGCAAACCUCGAAUAUCGUCUGGGAUAAGGAUGGCACGCUUGACACGACCUUGACGAGCAGCGUGUCGUGCACUGAAGAUGGAGACAACUUGGUUAUUAGCAGCGCCGGCAUUCCAGCACACAGAGUUGGGAAAUUUCCUAUGCAAUUCGAUACAAUUGGAAGUGGUCAUCCCAACAAUCCUAACACAAUACAACAGCAAUCAUACAGCUGGACAAUACCAAGAAAUCCCACCAAGAAAGCGUCAAUACCCGCAUCUGUCGUCGACGACUUCUCUGCUCUUCCAAUGGGACCGAUCGGCUUCGCACUCAACGGAGUACCAUUUUUCAACUUAUACAACAACAUGCACGAGGAUGCAGUCAACACAAACAGCUCGGGUUAUGAAGUAAUGGAUCUAUGUCACGGUCAUCCGGAUCAACGAGGCGCAUAUCACUAUCAUUAUCAACGACAAACCAAUGGAUGUCUAUUCGGUGUUUCUGGUGCUCAAAUCAAUGCGACUACUGGAAAGCGUUCUCCGAAGCUUGGAUAUGCAUUCGAUGGUAUUCCUGUGUAUGGGCCUAUCGGCGAAGGCGACAAACGUCCAACAGAUUUAGAUGCUUGCAAUGGCCGUUAUGACACAGAACUGCAACAAUAUGUCUAUCACACAACCAAGUUUAAGAGUCCGUAUAUUAUAGGAUGCUAUCGUUACAAACCGAUAACGAGCACUGUGUGCAGACCGCUUCGACCGCCUUGUCAUUUAAGAUGUCCAAAUGGCCUUGUUGUUGAUUCAAAUGGCUGUGACAAAUGCAUGUGUGCUGUUGUGCAAGGUACCAAAGCACCGACAACUAAAAUUGCAUCGCGUCCGGUUUGUGGUCCUGUGUGUGCCAUUCACUGCAAAUAUGGCAACGUUCCUGAUGCAAACGGGUGCCCAACAUGUAAAUGCAGAACAGCGCCAUGUCCAGCUAUUGACUGUAAUCCAGUAAAUCCAUGUCCUAAUGGUUAUGCUGUCAACAAGAAUGGAUGUCCGACAUGUCAGUGUCACUUAGCAACUGAUCGACCUACGCCCACUACAUAUGCUUGUCCAUUGUAUAAGUGUGUUCCGUGUCAAUACGGAUAUGCUAAAGAUGAGCAUGGGUGUCAGACGUGUCAAUGUCUUCCACAUCCUUGUCCAGCUAUUGACUGUGUAAAACCAUGUCCCAACGGUUAUGCUGACAACGAGAAUGGAUGUACAACAUGUCAGUGUCUUCCAGGAAGUGAUCAACCUACGUCUACUGCAUUUGUGUGUGCUCUGGUUUAUUGUUCUUCAUUUUGUCAUGAAUAUGCAAGGGACAGUUAUGGAUGUCAGACAUGUGACUGUUUUGUUGAACCUACUAUAUGUCCUUUGUACAAGUGUGCGGCAUGCCAAUAUGGAUAUGUGACUAAUGAUAAUGGAUGUCAGACGUGCGACUGCCUUUCAAAGCCAGUGUGUUUGUAUGGUGGGAAAAUGUACACAGCUGGAGCAACAUUUCCAUCAACCGAUGGAUGCAACCAGUGCACAUGUGACAGUAGCGGAACAUAUGCAUGUACAGAACUUGGUUGUGCGCCUCCUGCAUGUGUGUAUGAUGGAGCGCAAUACACACAAUAUACAUUCCCAGCUGCUGACGGCUGUAACGAAUGCAAUUGUGAUCCAAACAAUGGGUUUGUAACGUGUGGCACCAAACUUUGCAAGUCGAAGUAUGUGAUGGGAAGGGUUAAGUUUGAUGUUGAGUUUUACACUAUUGUACCUGCUGAUGCAUCAGAUUCCUACUUCAGAAGCUCAUUUCAGCAUCAACUUGGAGAUCGUUUGAAGAUGUCUCCAGCUCAAAUUAAAGUGCUGGAGGUAUGGAGCGGCAGCUUUACUAUCAAAUUUGUAGUGAUUGGAAGUGACAGGAGUGCCAUACAGCAGCAACUCUCUGCACUAAUUACAAAGGGGCAAAUGGCCAUAACGUAUAACAAACGUAAUCUGAUUGCCAACAGUGAAGAUUACGAGGUGAAGCAAGUGGAGACAACAGUUGGUGCUAGCGUCAGGGAUGAUGACGACAGCAGCAGUAGCAAUGCAGCUAUUAUUGCUGGCAGUGUGUGUGGUGGUUUGAUUGUUAUUGUGCUCAUUGUCAUCGCUAUUGUUUGGCUGAUGCAUCAAAACAAAGCUGCUGCCAUGUCCGGAGAGCGUUAUACAAAGACAAGCGCUACCUAUUCACACAUGGAUGACAAGAACGAAGACCCGACAAUCUCAACUGCCGCGUAUGACUAACAGCCACAUAACCCGCAUCACAUUGUGUGAACACUUUGUGUGGUGUGGUGGUUUACAUGGCAACAUAUUAGUGUAGCUCUUUUAUCAAAUUCUUCAAUUGUGAGUUUACAUGAUGUUGUUGUUGUGGCAGUCUGUUUGAUGUCCGUGUGUUUGGCUACUGGUACUUGGCUUACUUGCUUUCUGUUAGAUGGAUGGUCUUGUUAAAUUAGCUAGAGACAGUCAUGCACACAAAUGUCCGUGUGACAUAAUUGGAGGAGCCAUUUGCCAUGCAUGGAACAAUAUAUCUGACGUCAAUUUA